UCACAGUUAGUAACCUAACCUCUUUUGGAAAGUGACAUAACCUGUCAAAUGUACGACGAAAAUGUCGUACAAUUUCAAAUCGGAGAGUGAAGUAAAGGACUAUGUAAAAAACCUAGGAAUCGAGUACCGGUUCGGGUGUUACAGUGAAAAAAACCCCGAAGUAUGUCACCUGUUGGCUGAUUUCCUCGAGUCAAUCAAGAAGGACUACGAGAAGGCGGCGAAAGUGUAUCGCAACAACUGCGAUGAAUUCCAUUACGCGAAAAGCUGUCUUAAAUUCGGCACGUAUUCGUUGUUGGGCAAGGGACUGCCCAAGUCAGACUUCACAUCUGCAUAUAAUUAUUUCGAGAAGGGCUGCAACUUGAACGACCCCGAAUCAUGCCUUAAUCAAGGAUUGUUACUGGUCACUAAUAACAACGACAAAGGUGUCAACCAGGAUAUACUCAAAGGUAUGUCUCUGCUGGAAAAGGCGUGUUCAGCAAAGAACGCAAACGCCUGCUACUAUCUAUCAGGCAUGUACAUUGCGGGGGUCAAAAACAGACAGGAAAAAGAGAAAGACAAACCAAAGCCCGAAUAUUUGGUACCAAAGAAUAUGCAAAAGGCAUUUAUAUACGCGAUGGACGGUUGCAAUUUGGGAAACAUGUACAGUUGUGCGAACCUCAGUCAGAUGUACGCUAAAGGUGACGGCGUCGAGAAAAGCAAGGAGCUGGCCGAACGGUAUAAGCUGCUAGCAUUGGAGAUGCAGAAGGAAAUAGAGAGCAAUAAAACGUUAACGUUCCAAGAAGGUCUCAAGUCCUAGUCCCAGAUUUUACACAUAUAUACAUAUAUAUAGUCAGUUGUCUGUUUUAUAUUGUUUUUACUCUAGGUGGUUACAAUAAAUUAAUAGUUACUAAAAA